GAAGGAUGGAGUCGCGGCCACGGAACGAGAACUCGUUCCUUAGCGACGGGGAGUCGUCGUGUUCACGGCCGCCCUAUUGUUAUUCGAUGCGCCGUGUUCGUUCAGGCCUGUGGCACCUAACAGUCAUUUCUUCUGGAAAUGUGAAGAAUCAUGUGUGGAGCCAGAGGUGACAUGGACUGAAAUCUAUCACUAACCAAAUAGAGUCAAGAUAAAGAAAUUGGGAUCAACAGAUGAUUCAAAUUUCAGCUGGUGUGGUGUGGGAACACUAAAGGUGGUAGCCCCAUCUCUACAUUUUUUUUGUUCUUUGUCAUCUCGAUUGUUGCCAGUAUAAAAUGCCAAGAAAACAAUGAAGAGCACAGCUCACUUUUUUUCAGGUACUAAAGCUGAAGAGUUCAAAAUGAUUUUUUUCCUUCUAUUGCUGGUUUCUCAAAUUCCAGUGACAACUGCUUGUGAGGCAGAGGAGUAUGACUAUGGUGGUAUCUGUUGUUCAUUGUGUUCCCCAGGCACUAGAGUAAAGAAACACUGCACCUUAAUGAAGGGUACAUUGUGUAGUUCAUGUGCAGCUGGAGAAUAUAUGGAGUACCCAACUAGCCUGGAACAUUGUUUAAAGUGUAAGGCGUGUGAUCAUGAGCUGGGAUUUCAAAUUAAAAAACCAUGUACUUACACUCACAAUACAGUAUGUGAGCCCAGGGAAGGGUAUUAUUGCAUUCAGAACUGUUUGGCGGUGGUAAAGCACACACCAUGCCGACCCGGUCAAGGAGUUAAAGAGAAAGGAACAAAUUUAAAAGAUACAGUGUGUGAGAAUUGUCCUUAUGGGAGUUUUUCAAGCAUUAGUUCAUCAACUGAAGAGUGUAAGAAUUGGACAGUAUGUGAAACGCUUAAACUUACACAGAUUAAGCCAGGGGAUGCUACAGCUGACGUGAAGUGUGAAGGAAAGAGCUCCCAGACAGUUAUAGCUUCUAUUAUUGGUGGUAGUGUGGGUCUCGUUGCAAUUCUGGCGUCGUUUUUGCUCUGGAAAUAUAAAUCACGUGCCUAUGGAGAAAGUGGCCUCUAACUUUUAAAGGAGUGGGAUGAAAUGGAAAUGGUGUACACAAGCCCCACAUCAAGGGAAACAUGGAGGAAGUCCAUGAAGGUGAGCCCAGGCAAUCUUAACACCAGAGUCUCAUUGACAAAGAAGUUCUCAGAUUUUCCCUGAUUGCCUGAUAGAUGCACUUCCUAGGGUCUGGAUUAGUGCUAGAAUUUGGCAUCAGGAAAACUCAGGAAGCAGACUCUGGCAGUUAGGAGGCAGGCAGGCAGGUACAGGUGCAGACAUGAUUUGGAAGAAUCAUGAUUUGCAGAUACGCCUAAAUAUAAAGGAGAAUAUAGGAUCUGAGGAGUGCAGGUGAAAUAGCCGAUCAGGGCACACAUAUGAUGACGGUUGGGGAAAUAAUGGUGGUGGGAAUGGUGACAGGAGUUUCUGAUGUGACUGUGCAUCUAAGGAUUGACCCCAGUGAAUGUGUUGGGUUGAGUUGUUAUUUGAUCUUGGCAAUUCAUUUGCAAACGUUUCAUCACCAUAUUGGUGGUGGUGGUGGCAUCUGUUGGUCUUGAGAGACCAUGGAUCUGCGCCUGGAGUUUCCAGGGCGUAGGCCUGGGCAGGGUUGUAUGGGAGACCGGCAGUUGCCCAAGCUGCAGGCCUUCCCCUCUCCACGCCACCGAUGUUGUCCAAGGGAAGGGCAUUAGGAUCCAAGCAGCUUGGCGCCGGUGACGUCGCAGAGCAAUGUGUUGUUAAGUGCCUUGCUCAAGGACACAACACGCUGCCUCAGCUGAGGCUCGAACCAGUGACCUUCAGGUUACUAGUCUGAUGCCUUGCCCACUAGGCCACGUGCCAACAACAUCACCAUCACCACGCGCCAUCACCGUAUAUCAGGAAACAAUAUCAGCUAACACGAGGAAAUCUGCAGAUGCUGGAAAUUCAAGCAACACACACAAAAUGCUGGUGGAACACAGCAGGCCAGGCAGCAUCUAUAGGGAGAAGCACUGUCGACGCUUCGGGCCGAGACCCUUCAUCCUGACAAAGGUUCUCGGCCCGAAACAUAGACAGAACAAUAUCAGCUCGCAGUUAAUGCACAAUAUGGUGAUGAAAUGUGUGCAUUUGAAUUGCCAAGAUCGGAGAACAACUUAAUCCAGCCAUCAACCACCCAAGCUACACAUUUUCUGAAUUAUUUCCACAAUGUAUGUGUGAUUUGGGAUUGAUGGCUGCAGGUGAACCCAGGGAUCAGUGCUGCUGUUCUGACCGGGAGUGGAAAGUGGCAGUGUGUAAAUACUUCAGAGUCAUAGAAGUGCUUGAGAGAGGAAACUGCAAUUUCAUUAUGGUAGAUGGGUGGGAUUAGGGAAAACAACCCUGGUUUGAAUUCCUCAGAAAUUCUCAGCAGAUCUUGGUAGAAGAUGUCCUUAUCCCCUUGCAUAAUUGUAGAUUUGAAUGACUGCUGUAGCUAAGCCUUAUCAUUGGCCAUUUAGGCCUGUUAGGCCCAAAUCUGGUGUUUCCUCAGAAUUCAGACAUUGCAAACCUUUUGGAUAUCCCUCAGUGGUUUUGCACAUCAGACUGCGGCAGGAAUUUUCAUCAAACUGAAAUUAGCUAAAGAUAAUUGUGGUGGGAACACUCCAGCUUCAAGGUGUUGAGGUCAUUCUUACUAGAUUGAAACUAGAACAUCAUUUGGUUCUAAAAUGCUCAUUAAUUUUGUCUCGAAAUAUGGCAGAGUAAAUUAAAACUACGGAAAAUCACUUUCAGAGUACUUGUAUAAACCUACCUAAUUUUUGUUUUUGGUAGAUUGCAGGGACAGACUACAGAAUGCUAGUCUGCAAAAUGAAUACAUCGGGAGAUGACCAGGCAUUCGGACAAUUCAAAUGCCAGCCCAGGUUUACAGAAGUAAUCCAUCAGAGUAAAUGUGCCCCUCAGAAAUGGAUUGCAAACAGGACAAAGAAGAGGGAGACAAUGUUGAUGAGAAAUCAAUUCAGCUCAUGCAAAGUUUAAAUAAUCAACUGGAAUAGAUGACCACUUUGGACUCUGUUUUGAUAAAGAGCACAAGAGGUAGGACCUUUCUCUGUGGGCAGCUCCUUGGUGGAUAUGCAGACGCUCAUAUUGAAGAUGGAAAACAAUAAAGACUCUUCACGAGGAAAUGGCUGCCUGGUGUGGAGAGAGACCUGGCUGAUUGGGAAAGCAAUUUAAUACCUCUUUUCAUCAGAUAAUAUUACAUCAAAAAUCAGCAGCUAAAAUACUAAAAAGUAGACACGAAAGGAGAAAAGUGAUUUUCAGUAAGAACUUAACUAUUUAAUUCUUAGAAAAUACUACUUAUUUAUACUUAUCUGCUUGUAUUUUACGUAGUUCUUAUGUGUAUAUGACAGUUUAAUAUGCCUCUAACAGCUAUAGAAAGUAUAAUUCUGGAAAACUCUGGAAGCUUCUUUGUUCUGUAUAAUUUAGAUAAGUAUCUUCUCAUUGGUUAACUUGGUACUGCACUAUUUCUAAUUGGUUAAUUCUUGUCUAUAAAUCAGAAUGGAAUUUUCCUUAUCUCUGUAGUAUAAAAUAGCUAAACUCAAAGCAACACCGUCCUUAAUCUUAUCUUUCUCUUCAUGAGUAGACCCCUAUCACAGUCUGUUCAAUCAACCCUUAAUAAAAUGAUA